AUGGCCUCAUCACCCUCUAUGAAAACCUCAAUUACCCUGAAGGAGCUUGAUAACGAGCCUCUACUUGUCGUCCCACAGCGUUAUAAACGUGAUGAUCAAGAACCUUCAUUCUUCUCUGAUGGCAAUCCCAUGCCAGUUAUCCCUACAGUUGACAUGGAAAGUUUGACUCUUAAGGAAACAAAGGCUUUUGAUCUCCAGAAGCUGCAUUCAACGUGCAAAACAUGGGGCAUAUUUCAGCUGGUAAACCAUGGAGUUAGCUCGUCAGUGAUGGAGAAACUCAAGUAUGAAAUUGAAGAAUUCUACAAGCUGCCAUUAGAAGAGAAGAUGAGGUACGAGCUAAGACCAGGUGAUUUUGAAGGGUAUGGCCAAACAAUACUCCAUUCAGAUGAUCAAAAGGUUGACUGGGCGGAUAGGUUUUAUAUGGUAUUCAACCCCAUCCAUAGAAGAAAGCCACAUCUUCUUCCAAAGCUCCCUUCAUUACUAAGAGAAUCCAUGGAGACUUAUUUCAAAGAGAUCCAAAAGCUUGCCAUGGUUUUAUUUAAUUUGAUGGGGGAAGCUUUGGGAGUAGAUAAUAAAGAAAUGGAGGACAUGUUUGAAGAUGGUAUGCAAUCAGUGAGGAUGACUUACUAUCCUCCAUGUCCCCAACCAGAGCUGGUUAUGGGGAUUUCUCCUCACUCUGAUGCUACUGGAAUCACCAUUCUUUCGCAAGUGAAUGGAGUGGAAGGCUUCCAAGUGAAGAAGGAUGGAGUUUGGAUUCCAGUCAACAUUCUCCCAAAUGCCUUUGUGGUAAUUGUGGGGGACAUUCUAGAGAUCUUAAGCAAUGGCACCUACAAGAGUGUAGAACAUAGAGCGACCGUGAACUCGAGUAAAGAACGAAUCUCAAUAGCAAUAUUCUUCAACCCGAAAUUUGAAGCAGAGAUUGGACCUUUUACUUGCACAACAACCCAAGAAAGUCCACCAUUGUUCAGAAGACUGAGAAUGGAGCAGUAUGUGAAAACCUUCUUCUCUCGCAAGCUCGAUGGCAAGUCAUUCUUAAAGGAGAUGAAGAUUGAAAGGGACACAUUGACUGAUUAG